GCCUCCAAUCAGGUACCUCGUGGGCGGGACAUCAUCCUGCAAAACGGUCAGCCCCAAACUCAACCGUUGUGAAUGUAAUAUUUUUGCAGUCUGAACUGUUUGGUAAUCGUUCACGGAAACGUCGAUAAGGCACUUUUUGCGGCUAUGUAAGUCGUUUGUUAGUUUUACAAAUCACCAACACCCCCUGGACUUCCUUACAAAAACAGUUGAGGAUAGCAGAUGGUAACAGUCAGCUAAGUUAGCUAAGCUAACUGUCUAGCCUGAAGCAUGCCGAAUUUUUGCGCGGCCCCAAACUGUACACGAAAGAGUACUCAGUCAGAUUUGGCAUUUUUUCGGUUUCCACGGGACCCAGAGAGAUGCAGAAUCUGGGUAGAGAACUGCCGCAGAGCAGAUCUGGAGGCGAAAACAUCAGACCAGUUGAAUAAGCACUAUAGGUUAUGUGCCAAACACUUCGACCCUGCCAUGGUGUGCAAAACAAGCCCUUACCGGACUGUAUUGAAGGACACAGCCAUUCCAACCAUAUUUGAUCUAACAAGCCAUUUAAAAAAUCCUCAUACCAGACAUCGCAAGCGGAUUAAAGAACUUACCGAUGAGGAUAUAAGGAGGAUGAAAGAAAGAAGAUUGGCAUCUUCAACUGAUCAGCUUUCUUCUGGAAAAGAUGAUGGUGCUGAUGAUGGCACAGGCAACAAUGAUGAUGAACCUCAGCUGUCCACAGAAGAGAAGGAGUUUCGUGAAUACCUGCGGUCUUUGUUUGAGGUUGUGGUCAUGUUAGGAAAGCAAGGUGUCCCGUUAGUGGCUGAUAAAAUACCUGAAGGUGAGCUCAAGUCCAACAACCUCCAGGCCCUCCUAGAUUACCGCAUGAAUGCUGGAGAUGAAGCCUUGACGAAGCGGUUUGAGGCAACAGCGGUAAACACAGAAUACCUUUCUGCCGCCCAGCAGAAUCAGCUCCUGGAUGUUUGUGAGAACACAGUAAGGGAGGAGAUGUUAAUGGAGGUGAGAGAGAGUCGCUUCUUCUCCCUGGUGACGGGUGACCUUGUUGAAUUUGCCAGCGAGAAACACCUGCCUCUGUUUUUACGCUAUGUGAAUCAGCAAAAUGUCCUUCGAGAGGAGUUUUUGGACUUUGUGCCAUUUGAUGGUGAUGAGCCUGUGCUGGUAGAAAGGCUCGAGGCCCAGCUGACCGACCGCUGGGGGCUUAGCAUGGAGGACUGUCGUGGUCAGGCCCACAAGGCCACUGGGACUUCCACCACCAAGAUGAAAGCUGUAGCAGUAUUGCUGAUGGAGAAGUAUCCCCUGGCACUGCACAUGCCUUGCUCCCAUAUGGCCCUGAACAUCCACCUGGCCAACAGCCUCCCUUUCCCCAAUGUCCAGGUUGUCAUGGAGACCAUGAGGAAGAUCGGUGCUUUCUUUAGAACCCCAUUAACUCAGGAAGAGCUGGAGAAGGCGAUCUCUAUUCACUACCAGAAGAAUGAAGAGAAAGGAACGACCCUAAAACAAGCUUGUGGCUCAGGCUGGACUGAGCAACACAAUGUUUUUGACCUGCUGGUAGAUAUGUUGCCGCCACUGCUGCUGUGCUUGGACGUUAUUCGGGACAAUGAUGAUGGAAAGUUUGUCGGUUCCGUCACGUCUGAUGCGUACUCGAUAGCAGAAACUCUUGCUGACUUUGAGGUCAUUGUCACCAUCGUCAUCUUAAAGAAUGUUCUGACGUUCACCAGAGCUUUUGGGAGGAACCUCCAAGGGGAAACGCUUGAUGUGUUUUUUGCUGCCAACAGUCUAACAGCUGUCCUGCAUUCACUCAACGAGGUCAAUGACAACAUCGACGUCUACCAUGAGUUCUGGUUUGAGGAGGCGGUGAGCGUGGCCACUGUGAUGGACAUUCCUGUGAAGAUCCCGAGGCUGUUCCUUCGGAAACAGCGAGCGGCCGAUAUGGGUGAAAUCCAAGCAGAGCCGUAUUUUAAAGAGUAUGUGACGGUGGCUGUAAUCCGCGGCGUCAUGCAGGAGGUGGAGGACAUGUUCUGUGAGACCAACCUCAAAGCUCUCAAGUGCCUGUCGCUGGUUCCAGCUGUCAUGGGCCAAAUGAAGUUCAACACCACAGAGGAGAACUACGCAGACGUUUACCGCAACGACCUCCCCAACCCCGACACGCUUCCCGCAGAGCUUCACUGUUGGAGGAUCAAGUGGAAGCACAGAGGCAAAGAGGUGCGUCUACCCACUACCAUCCACGAAACCUUGCAGCUCCCAGACGUCAAGUUCUUUCCCAAUGUCAACUCCUUCCUCAAGGUGCUUUCGGCUUUGCCAGUGCUGAAGCUGGAGGAGAACAAAAGCGACACGGCGAGCGAGCGUCUGCAGGCUUAUUUUGACAGCAUGCCGGCUAAGCAGUGGAACAAAAGUCUGGCGGUGCUGAACGUUAACACUCAUGUCAAACAUGAUCUGGACGUCAUGGUGGACAAAUACUGCAGAUUGUAUGUAGAGGACGAUCCUGAAGGUGAGGCCAAGCUGGAUGAAGCAACCGAGGAAGAUGCCACCAAAUGAAUAAAGACAUCGUCCGUACAGCUGUAUGUUUCGAUGUAUGUUUAUUUUAAUGGAGCUGUGAAGCGGUGAUUGGUGACAUCUCACUGGAGUCAAACUGAUUGUGUAUUUAAAUGCACUGCAGCUAAUUCAUGCACUGCAGUUGAACUUGCAGAUUUGCAAGAAAACUAAUUCUCAGCACUUCAUGAAAGACUCAAUUGUAAACUGCAAAGAACCACAAAACUGUGUCUGGGGGAUGAUCUGUAAAUAUUCCAAGUUCUGUUCGGCUCCUAGUCCAGCCUCUUCUGUAAUGAUUCUUUGUUCAGGAAAGUAUUUUGUAAGCAGUUUUUUUUCUCCAUUUAUCUUUGUAAAAUUAAGUGAACCGGUUUUCCUGCUGAAAAUUACCUGCUGGCCUGUUUUCACUGUUGUGCUUUUCAUUCGGACCACAUGAUGGAGGCAGACGUCUCAGUUGCGAGGUUUUACUGACUGUGAAGCAGGAAGAGCACAAGAGGGAGCAGUUACAUCAAAAUCAGCAGCAUCCCUGAAAUAAUGCUGAACAGGAAGCGUUUUUUAAAUAAUUUAAAGACUUAUCCUGCUAGCGUGACAGAUUUUAGACAGUAUAAAGAACAAGCAUGUUGAAGGUUCACCUCUUUGAUGGAUUAAAAUAGCUUUUGAUCAAUUGAAUGAGGAAAAUACCAUUUGGAUGUGUAUUAUAAUAGCAGCAAAUGUUUUGUACUGUUGUCAGAUUUGACAAAAAUGUUGCUUUAAUAAAACACUUGGUGUAGAACAAAAAAAUAA